AUGAUAUAAGAGUAAUAAUAAGGAAUAACAGAGGAAGAAAAAGAACUCAUUUUAAUUGAAGAAUUAUCAUAAAAAUUGGAAGGUCUCUACAAGGAUAUGGAAUAAAUAAGAAGAGAGAAUUUGUUAUUCGAAUCCUAUAUUAUGAGAAACUCUAAAGAUUUGUAAAGAGAAGAGGAAGCAGAGGAUAAGAAACAAAAAACAAAGAAAAAAGAUAAGCCUGUUGAUAAAAAAGUAAAAAUUUAAUAUUUAUGUUUAGACAAUGUAAUUGACUAAUGAAGAAAAGUAUGAAAUUGCUUAAUUUGAGAGUGACACUUUAAAAAAGAAUAUCGAGGAAGGAAGAAUCAGAUCUGAUUAAAUAUUGGAAACUUUGAGAGUAAGAGAAAUAACAAUAAAAAAAGGCCAUUUUAGAGGAAACUGAUAAAGCAAUUACAGAAAUUAGAAAAGAUGCUUUUGACUUUUAAAGAGAAAUUUUAUUUGCUGGAGAAAAUACUAGAACAGGGAAAAUUGAAGCAGAAAGAAUAGAAAAAUAUUUUAAGGAAAAACUUGCCCAAAAGGUAAUACUUUUUAUUAAGAUGUAGGAUGCAUAAAUUGAGAAAUAUAAAUAAAAGAAAGCAAAUAUUGAAUAAUAAAUAACAAAAACUAGUAAUCAGAUUCAAAAGAAAGAAGAAAUGGGGGAUGAUUUAAAAUUCAUUGAUUUUCAUCAAUUGUAAAUAGAAAAUAAAAAAUAUGUUAAACAAAUAGAUGAAAAGAACAAAAAGCUUUUGGGUUUAAAGAUAGCAACAGGAAAGAUAUCUUCAAUAUUAAUUGAAGAAAGAAAUCAACUAUAAAAUGAAAUAGAUUAAUGCAAUAAGUUGAUUUAAGAAAUUGAUGAUAAAAACAAAAAGAUAGCAAAAACUUAAGAAUAAAUAAAAAAGGUGAAAAGGCAAAUAUCCUCUUUAACAGAAAAAAAGAAAAAAUUUGCAAUCCAACUAGAACAAGUCAACAAUGCCACAAAUGAAGAUAUUCCAAAAGUAUUCUUAAAUUGAUAUGCUAAAAGGCAAUGACUUAUGUUUUAUAAAAAAGAAAAGAAGAGGAGUUGGUAUACAAAAUAAGAAACACCAAUAGAAAAAUUGAAAUAGCUGAGUUGGCCUAUUAAAAGGCUUGUAAAGCUUUAGGAUUAAAUCCAGAAAAAUUAUGAA